CAUGGUGCUUGAAAUACUAAAAUGACAACGGCUGCCAGUUUACCAAGGGUUCCCGAGGGUUUGCGGGACCUAAUGAAGGUCUACACCAAGGAGGUGUUACGUGAAAAGCCGGCCGACUUGUAUGGAUUUUCGGCCAAUUUUUUCAACGUGAUUGUUGGUGAAAAAUCACAGAAAAUGGUGCGAAAAUACGAGCCGGUGCAAACUUAUGAAACCAUCAUGAAAAACCGAGUUCGCCAGCAGGUUCCCCUCUCGCUGGUGUUCAAUAUAAUCCCAGAAACACUGACCGAUCUAAUAAAGCAAUUUAUAAAGGCGGUUCUAAGGGAGAAACCCGAAAAUAUUUACAUAUUCGCACAGGAGUACUUUCAAAGGAUGUCCAAGGAAAAGGAAAAGUCGGGACGAAUUGAGUACACCAAAUAUUCGACGUACGAAAAGUCAUUGAAGGACAAAGAAAACGUAACUCCCGGAUCGAAGGUAACCUGCGAAUGUGGACGAAUACUGAGUGGGAAAGCCAAGGAUGUGGAAAACAGAUACACAGAUACCAAAUUAGCUGAGGCUGACCAGAGAACAUUUUCCAGCAGAAUUACCUAUUUGCAAUCAGUUGUCAUAAUUCAAAGACAAAUUCGCCGAUUUCUCAAGGAACGGAAAAUAGUUCGCGAUAAGGACAAAUGCAAUAGCGUGGAAUAUGUGGCAGCAAUUCUGCUGAUUCAACGCCAAGUGCGUCGCUUUUUGGCCAAGAAGCGAGUGGAGAAACUUAAAAAUUCACGUGACGUCCGAGAAGCGAAGGGUAAAUUUAACACCGGCGACUACAUGAAAGCCGUUGUCGUCAUUCAGCGGCAUUAUCGCAUAUAUUUGAAAAAGAAGCAGGAGCGUAAUCGAUUGAAAAGCGACCCAGUAUCCUUAGCAACAGCCGCCAUCAUAAUCCAGAGGGCCUUCAGAAGGAUGGUGGCCCGACAUAGGGCCAAAAGGAAUGCUUCCUCAGCCGCCGAUCAAGCCGAGGAACUCAACGACAAUGCCUCCGAGACUGGGUCCUAUACAUCCGUCUCCACUGCCCUCCUUUCCACGGAAUCCACUGAGCUGGGAAUGGCCACUUACGAGGAACGAGUCCAUCAGAAAAUAAUUCACGAGGACGAGGAAGUGGAGAACAAAAACGUUGAUGCCGGCCUUGAGAAGGAGUAUUCAGCGGAAACCAUUAAAGGCCAAGAAAAAUCGAUGAAUCUACGGAAAAGCGAAAUUCUUAGCGGUGCUUUAAUCGAAAACAUGAUUCGCAAACCAAGCUUGGAAAAUAUUAAGGAUUUUCACAACGAAUCAAAAGAUUUGGGUGAAGAAAUGGAUAUCGAAGUGGAUGAAAAAAAAACUAGUCAAGAUCUUGAACCUGAAAUUAAAAGUAACAAAUCAAGCCUAGAACUUGAAACUGUAGCUAAAGCCGAACUAAAAACUAAAAAGGACAAUGAAGAACUGGAGUCGGAAUUUUCGACCAAAAAUGCCAGCUUGGAUGUAGAAUCAAGUACCCAAGAUGAGCCCAAAACAGAACACACUUCAGAAGAUAUAGAACCCAAAAAUGAUGAUAAAGUAAAAACAGAAAACUUUGGCACAAAAUCAAUUAAAGAAGAAAAUGGUGACAGUGAAUUUCAAAAUAUUAUUGAGAAAAGAGAAAGUGAUGAUGGGAAGGAACAUGAUGAGGAUGUGCAAAAUGACGAAAAAGAAGACGCUAACAUUUUAGACAAUGACAAAAUUAUAAAAUCUAAAAACGAAUUAACAGAAACAUCAAUUAAAAAAGAAGUUACUCCAAUGGUUUCGAUAGAAAUUGAGCAUGUAGACGAUCUUUUAGAAGAUUCUAUACCAACUCACCACGAUUCUAAUGCUAAGGAUUCAACGAAUGGCGACUCAACGGCUCAAGAAUCUAAAUAUAUGAGCAACGUAGAAAUAUAUAGUUUGACAACGGUUUUAGUCAAUCAUAAUCGAGAAAUUCGUGAGCAAGAGUCUCCUGUUGAACCUUUGGACGAUAAAAAUUUGGAAAUAUCUGCUGACACUCUAGUGCAAACUCAAACUGAAGAAAACCACUCAUCAGUUGAAGAUGAAAAUGAAACAACUCCAAAGAGUAGAGAAAAAAGAAGCAUAGAAGAUAAAGAGAUGGUUCAAUCAAAUUUGGAGAACCAGGAAUCAUUGAUCACAGAAGAUAUCAGUCUCACUAACGAAAGUAAUGCAAACUUAAAACCAAUUAAUCAUGAUGAAAUUCAAAAAGGGAAUGAACAAAAAUUGAAAGUAGAUGGAUCACUGGACACUAUACCAGCAAUGGAAGAUAUUUCUAAAACCCAGUCGGAUACAAAAGGUGAAAUAAGGUCGACAAGCUCAGAAGAGAAAAUUAUAAAGGAAGCAUCAAUUCCAGAAAUCACUUCGGAUAAGGAUCCCAAAAUAGAAGAUCCCAUCACUGAGGACAAAGAAAUGAUAAAGACAUCUAUUAGUGUAACCAAAGAUGAACCGCUAGAUCCUAAUAUUACAAAUAUUGCAGAGAAAUCUGAUUUGCCAAAGCUUCAGAUGAAAAGUGAAUCAAUUGAUGACCUAGAACUAAAUAAAAGAGACAGCGAACUAAUAAUUCAUGCCGGAACUGAUCCUUUGAAAGAAAAUGGUGAAAACAGUAUGGAAAUAUUGCACCAUGCAAAUGAAAAAGUCCCAACUGAUGAUGCAACAGAAGAAACAGAUAGUAUCCUGAAACUAUUACAACAAGACACCAUACCAAUAAGAUCUGAAAGUUUAAUGACUGAAGAAAUGGUCCCAUCUGAAGGCGAAGUGCCCAAUGAUGACUCCCAUAAUUUUGAUGUCUUUACUGAAGGCAUUGAUUUAAAAAACAAGAAAAAUGUAUCCAGCCCUUCAAAUUCAAAGGAAUUUAGUGAUGAGCAGCCUAUUAAAGAUAUAAAUGACAGUAUGGGAGAGAGUAUAGUACAAGAACAACAUCUUUUAGUGGAAGAUCCAUCGGGCACAUCAGUGGAACGCGAAUUUGAAGGAGUUGAUGCCCAAAGUGAUACAAAGGAAGAGAAUAAGACCAACGCAACUGAGCUCCAACAGAAUAUAGAAACUAGUAUAGAAGACGCUGUCACUGAUGAUUAUGAUUCUGAAUCCAUAACUAAGACCGCUACGAGCAAAAGUACAGAAGUUGAAAGUGAAGAAAGUGUGGAUCAUACAAAACUGGAAUCUGAUUUGGAGAAAGAUAUUAAGGACGAAGGACACACAGGAGCCCAUCUUGAAAGAGAUUCUUCUGAACAUCCAACUAAAACUAGUGCAACUGAUACUUUACACCUAGAGCAAAAAGAAGACUCUACAGAUUUUGGAAGCACAUCUGCCGUAGUCGAGGAUAAGGACAAUGCAGAAUCAACACCCAAAAGCGACUCACCGGUUCCUUUAAAUACCGAACAGAAAAACUCUUCAUUGCUUGUAUCUAAUCAAUUAAUUGGCACCCAAAAUUUACCUACUAACCAUAUUGAGAUUGAAAAGAACACCAAGAAGUUAUCUAACCCCAUUGUAAAAGAUAAAGAUAUUGGCACCUUAACGUCGGGGCGUCUCGUACCCACACCCAUUGCUGAGUUGCAGCUCAAGUCAUUCAAAACUCCCAACGACGAUGGCGCCUGGUAUGAUAUUUAUGUGGAGCCCAAGGUGGCUUCUGAUAAAGAUUUGGAAUCCAUUCCAACAUCAGUUCAAUCCAAGAAAUCUGACACGGACGAACAAACAGCUGAAGUUGUAGAGGAACCCAUUAUUAUCGCAGAAAGAGUUCCAAGUUACUAUACUCCCAAGGAAAUCAUAGAACCCACAAUACCGAAAGCUAAGAACUCUGUUUCAUUUUUUGUUUCCUUUGAUUCCGAUGAUGGAAACCCCAAAUACAAAAUUCCAAAAAAGUUUAGAGAUCAAUCAAAAACAGAUAAUAAUAAAAAGGCGGUAAAUAACGAAGAUAUCCCAUCCGAAUCGGAUGUUGAUUCCAACGAAGAGGAAAUUGAGGUUAUUGAAGUUUCUGAGGGCGAUCCAGAGUACCAGCAGACCGGUGGCUCCAAAUUACAAACCAUAUUGGAACUGGAUAAUGAAAGUGAGCAGCCCACUGAAUUCAGUAAUCAAAGAACGGCUUUGGAACUAAAUGGACCUGUCGAUACAGUCGAAGAUAAUCGAGAAGAAACAAAGUCAACAAAAAGUAAUAGUGAGAAAUUUGAAGCAGCCUAUAAAACCGACAUAUUAACUAUUACAAGAUCUGUGCUCAUCAUAGAAAGAGCAUACCGACAAUUCAUGAGUAGACAUUCCUUAAAAAGUGAAACGAACAAAGAAUCGAAUUUUACAAAGCAAAAUCAGGCAGCUAAAAUAAUACAAAAGUGGCUUAGGAACUCUCUAAGGAUAAAGUCUAUAAAAGUUUCCUCAGAUAUCUCCCAAAAAUCUAAAGAAAGUAGUGCUGCUAAGAAAAUUCAAAGGGCCUAUCGAAAAUAUGUUGAAAAAUCUAAGGAAAUAAAAUCUGCAAAUGGACUUCUGCCGCAAGAAAGAACUAAAGAAGAAAAAAUGGCUGCACUUGUUAUACAAAAGGCAUUUAGGGAAUAUUCUCAGAGAAAAUAUGAUAAUUUAAAUAAAAUACAAUCAUCAGAUGAUACAGAACUUGAGCAAAAUAAAGCUGCUCAAAAAAUUCAAAGGGCUUACAGAAGGUAUCUUAAAUUAUCCGAUAAGUCCGAGCCACAAGAAGUUGAAAAUCCAGUGCAAGGAAACUCUAGUCUAACUUAUUCGUCAAAGCUAACCGAUAAACCAGAAGAAAUUGAUGAUUUAAUGACUAAAGAACUAAAGGCCUUGACCCAAAGUUCGAUCUCAAUUGAUACUCUGAAAUCAACCAUUAACCCAGAAAUUUUAAAUGAUCUAAAGACAGAUGAACUUCAAAAUGCUGAGCCAGUUGAGGAAACCGUUUCAAACCCAAUUCAAAUUUCAAUCCUAGCUGAUGAACCAAAAAGAAUAAAAGAGUUAAAAUCGGAUGAGUUUCAAGAAUUGGAGAAUCUUUCGAAGGUCAGUUCGAGUCCAAUUCAUUUGUCAAAAUCUUUAGAUGAAUAUGAGCUUGAAAUGAUAAACGAUGUAGAGAAAGGUGGGGAAGCAAAUACAACUUCGGUUCAGGAUAAGACCGAAAUAAUUGAACAUAAAGAUGAACUUAUUACAAAUCAUCCAUUAAAGGAUCAACUUGAAAGAAAGUUUAGUGCUGCUCUAAUAAUACAAAGAGCUUUCAGACAAUAUAUGGAAAGAAAAAAGCUUGAAAAUUUUGAUGAGAGCUCCUUAGACUCCAUUACCAGCUCACGAAUAACGGCCAUAGAAACCUCCAAUUAUCCAACUGCAGGCACCACACCAUCAGAAAGUUUGGUUCCAGAAGCCGCCGAAGAUCCAGGCGAAGAUGCGUCGAAGAUCCAACCAAAGUCCGAAUGGUUUGUGGGGUCAACUCGUAUAAUACCAAGCCAGGAAGUCGUUGAGAAACCUCUUGGGGUGGCAACCGAUCCGGAUCCAGAUGCAAUCACAAGUAAAACUGAGCUCGACACCAGCACGCAAGUAGAAUCAGUUGAAACAGUAGAUAGAACGCAUGGCUCGCUUGAAUCCAAAUUAACUCCUGGUAUUAGCAGUUCCAAAAUCGAUGAGAGUCUAGGCGUACAAUCUGAAAAGGAUAAUGCAGUCUCUUCUGGUUUAGCAGGUUUAACAGAGGCAGCUGAAGAAGGGCUUGAUUCGGUGGAGGAUCCACUACUUCUAUCACAAUCCGAUUUUGGUGGAAUCGUUCAGUCUUUAGAUAUUGUUUCAACUCAAGAACUGGUUAAUAAUUUCCUGGAGAAUGAGAUUGAGUAUUCAUCCAAGCAAGGUCCAUUUCCCAGUGCUAGCCUUCUUGAAGAAGUUGUAGAGGAACCUUGUAUAAAGAAGUCUGCUUCACUGGUGAAUCUUUCCGAAGGCGAAUCAGAACCCGAUGUUGCUAGUCAAAAAGCUGAAAACACGGAUUCUUCAGUAUCCGAAACCAUUGGUUUGGAUACGCUAUCCGCAGAUACCAUAGACAAGGCCACCGUCAAAUUGUCCAAGCCAGAGGAAGUGAUUGAGAAAAUGUCUCAGUUCCGGGACUCCAAGUCCCACGAGAGACUUCCUUCGGCAGAUCCCAGCUUUGAUGAGCCCGUGGUGCGUCCCAUGAGUUUACUGCAGGAGCAAUCUAGCAUGGACAUCGAGGAUGGAGAUAUUAUCGUUUACAAUCGACUGCAGAGGGACGAGACCCGGGAGAGCUCAGCUCAAAGUGAUUCCGUGGUCUUUGGUGAGGCAGAAUCGGAAAACAUUCAGGACAAAGACUUGCUCAACGAAGAAGAAUCCGGAAGAGUCCAUUUAAUAAGGCACUACACCAUCGCCGGUGAUGAUCCGCGGGGUCUUUUCAGAUCCGUGACCAUUGAUGAUGCCCUGAAUUACGGAGAAAUGGGAAAAAACAACCAGGGCAUUAACAACACGAAUAGUUUCUGUUUGGACGACGAAACUUCGGAGAACAUUCGCAAGAAGAUGAUGGCCUACUCGCUGUCUGAAACGGAUUCCGACUACUUUGAUCCGAGGAAGAGCAGCAAGGAGGACUUUGACAUAGACACGGCCAUGGCAGACGCCAUGGGCACAUCCACCGAAACGGAAUCCACCAUUGUUUCGGCCGCCACCAAGAUUCAGGCGGGAGCUCGGGGAUUCCUCACCAGGCGACGGUUGCGCCGAGCAAGUGCCGGAACAAAGUCAUCCACCCUGGACACCAAGGCGUCCUUCGGCAACGAUGCGAUCAGCGAGUCCCUGGAGCGUUUCAUCGAGGAGGAAGCGGCCAAGAAGAUACAGGCUGCCUACCGGAUGCACACUCGAAAGCGCAGGAGUCACAACCGGAAAAUGGAAGGCAUUAGCUUAGAGAGCAAUCUGGCCGCCAGGCGUCAAAAGUUGCAGCGCGGGGAUGCACUUCGGAAUGAUUCCACACCCGAUGAUGAAAACAGUGUGAUCAGCAGUGAGGGAAAGGCUCAGAAAAGCUCAAAGCCACAGAAAAAGAAAACAGUUGGUGAGACAAAGUCAAAGGCCGACAUGGAAUUAAAGUGGCUGAAGAUGAGGCAGAACUCAAUGCCCGUGCAAAUUGAUUGCGAGGUAUUCAGAGUUAUACCCAAGCAUAUGCGAAAACGUAUAAAAAGCGCCGAGGCGAACAAAAGAAAAUAAAUGAAAAUGCACGAGUCUAUAAGUAUCAACGCUGAACUAUAUCUAAAUAAAAUAUAUACUUAAUCGACAAUGUUUUUGUUAUCAAACAAGCGGAAAGGAAAGGCUUCCGGGAGUAAAUCAUAACAUUUAUUUUCCCCCAUUUAAACGUAUUUAAUUUAAACAGACUGUGGAUGAGCGGAUGGCUGCCACUUUUGUUCUAAACAUUAAACGGAUCGGACAGAUUUAUGAGAUGGGUGUGCACCUUGGGUCGUUGUACGGAAUUUAAUGAAUACUGUCGCUAGACAGGUAUUAUUUUAAAAUUGUAUAGAUCAGUGCUCUCAAAAAAAGAAGAAAGCAUUACAUGUAGUAUUUAAUUUUCUUUUUGGUUGUAAUUGGAAAAUUCCCAUCCUGU